AAGGUUUAGAACCUCUAUGAAUCUAUUUAAUUUUUUCAUCCUCCAUUGGUAGAACUCAUUGGAGUACUUAAAAAAUAAUAUUUUUUAAAACAAAUAAAAGAGCUUUAAACUUGUUCUUCUACACUCGAAAGAAAAGAAGCAAAGGAAUUUUUUUUUAAAAUGUUAUAAGAGAAAUGUUCUUGUACACUCGGAGGAAACACAACUUAUAAAGGAAACACAAGUUCCUUUACUAUGCAGCACGUUGGUGACCAUGAAUCUGUUGCCUUUCUUCCACGCGCAUCCUCAACCAUCACACAACCAACAAAGAAAGUAAAAUUAAAAGCUUUUCUCUGUAAAAAAAUAAACGAAAACUAAAACCACAACAAUACAAAUGUGGACUAUGUUUCUAUCUAACAAUACGAUAACAAAAACAAUAAUCUCAUCAUCAUCACUUGUUCCAAUACCAAAGACUCCAUUUUUUAAACAGUCUAGCGAAGCUUAACCAUCAACACAAGUUAGAAUCAACCAAAAGAAACAAUAAUCUCAUGAUCAUUACUUGUUAAAUUCAACCAAACCAACUCUGUUUCAAUGCAAAAGACUCCAUUUUUUCAACUGUCUAACGAAGUUUAACCAUCAUCAGUAGUUCAAAUCAACCAAGGAUCCCAUCAUCAUCAUCAUGCAAAAGACUCCAUUUUUUUAAUGAUUCGCAAGUUAUUUUUACAAGAUUCACAACAUGCAAAAGAUUCACUAAAUCAUCAUCUUCAAAAUUAAUUUUACAAGUUAUUUUCCUAUAGAGAAAGGGAUUUUCGUACUUAUCUCGCCGCUUGUAUGACUUUGAUCCUUUCAUGGAUCCUUGGUUUCUCUUGAAGCUGAUUCCUGUGAAGAACUUUCUUCUAUCUUCUGAUCUUCAUCAUCGCCUCAGCGCAUGGGAAAGAAACGAUGGAGAGAUGGAGAGACGGAGAAUCGACGGCGAAUUGACGGAGACGGAAGCAGUCGCGAGAGAUCGCCUUUCGAAGAUGAAGAGAAACAAAACUGAUUUCGGGGGAGAAAGACUGACGCAGGAGAGAGACACAUUAAGGUGUGGUCCAGUAGUAGCGCGCCACGUAGGGAUCCUUACCAAACCCAAAAAUACCAAUUUAAGUAGCGGUCCUCUGUUUUCUUUUCAAUUUUGAUUUAUUUUUCUUUUCUUUUUUUUAAGUACCCCUACGUAAGGAGCCCCGAUGGACAUGCUCUCCACGUGAAAUCGAAUUAGUGGUUUAGAAAAAAAUAUAGAUAGUGGUUGAAUCCAUAUAAGUUAAAAACGCAGAUUUCUAGGAGGAUACGAAUUUGAUUCUCGUUGUGGAAAAUAUAUAGUUCUAGACGUCUAGGCCCAGAGCUUCCAAAUUAACCCCAAAAAAAAAAUCCGUCACAUGUCAGACUCACAACAUCUAUUGUCGGGUUCUUGAUUGUUAAAUUUUUUUUAUUUUUCUUGAACAGGCUUUCGUUGAUUGUUAAAAUAUUAGAAGAAACAAAAUCUAGUGUGUGUUUAAUUUACAGUUUUAUACUUUAUUUAUCGAGCUCUUCGCUUACAACUUACGGUUCUACCGGACAGAUUUACUUGCAUGCUUAUAACGCAUAUAUCAAAUUACAAGUGGUAUAUUUUUAUUCAGUUUUAGAUCGUUAUAAAAGUUAAUAAAUAAAACAGUGGAUCUUUUCUUUUCUUUUUGACUAAAUAGAAAAUACAGUGGAUCUUUUCUUAUGUUAGCAAUAGUUUAGGUUAAAGAAAAAACUAAACGAGAGCUUAUUAUAUACAAAGGAAAAGGAAAGUUCCGGCUAUAAAAGUAACAUGAACGUUGUUGAGCUCAACCACCAUUAAACCUUUCUCGCUCAAUGGCGGAAACUAACCCAGCCCGGUACAGCUUUUCCGGUUACCCCUUGUGCAAGUUAUCUCUAAGCUUUCUUUUUCUCACCUUCCUCAUCGUAGCUGCCACUGCCAAUGAUUCGGGUUUUCCAUCGUCACACACCGGGAAACCCCACCACUCCAAGAAACUCACUAAACCGGUGGUUCUACUAAUCUCCAGCGACGGUUUCCGGUUCGGUUACCAAUACAAGACGGACACUCCAAACAUUGAUCUCCUCAUUUCUCGAGGAACCGAAGCUAAAACCGGUUUAAUCCCGGUUUUCCCAUCCAUGACGUUCCCAAACCAUAACUCAAUCGCCACCGGUCUCUACCCUGCUUAUCACGGUAUAAUAAUGAACAAGUUCACCGAUCCAGUAACCGGAGAACUCUUCAAAAGAAACCUAGACCCGAAGUGGUGGUUAGGCGAGCCGUUGUGGGUAACCGCAACGAACCAAGGUCUCAAGGCCGCCACUUACUUUUGGCCAGGCGCUGACGUUCACAAAGGCUCGUGGACCUGUCCUAAAGGGUUUUGUAAAGCUCCUUACAAUGCUUCGGUUCCGUUAGAAGAAAGAGUUGAUACGAUCUUGAGCUACUUCGAUCUUCCACAGAGCGAGGUCCCUGAUUUCAUGGCGCUGUAUCUUGAAGAAACGGACGUACAGGGUCAUGAAUAUGGCCCUGACGAUCCUCGUGUCACUGAAGCAGUCGCAAAGAUCGAUAAAAUGAUCAGUAGAGUCAUCAAGGGUUUGAAGAAGAGGAAGGUGUUUAGUGAUGUUCAUGUGAUCUUGCUUGGUGAUCACGGAAUGGUUACUAACUGUGACAAAAAAGUGAUUUACAUUGAUGAUUUAGCGGAUUGGAUCAAGAUACCAGCAGAGUGGAUUCAAGAUUAUAGUCCCGUACUAGUGAUGAAUCCACGGUGGGGCAAAGAUGUCAAGAAUCCUGGUGAGAAGAACGCUGAAGUCGUGGCGAAGAUGAACGAAGCUUUGAGGUCAGGGAAAGUAGAGAACGGUGAGUUUUUGCAAGUUUACUUGAAGGAGAAGUUACCGGAAAGGCUGCAUUAUUCCGACAGUUCUCGGAUUCCUCCGAUUAUAGGAAUGGUCGGAGAGGGUCUCAUGGUUAGACAGAACAGAACAAACGUUCAAGAGUGUUUCGGAGAUCAUGGAUACGACAACAUGUUCUUCUCUAUGAGAUCUAUCUUUAUUGGACAUGGUCCUAGGUUUAGGAGAGGAAAGAAAGUGCCGUCGUUUGAGAAUGUUCAGAUCUACAAUGUCGUUGCAGAGAUUCUUGGACUCCGACCAGCUCCAAACAAUGGUUCUUCAUUGUUUACUCGUAGCCUUCUCAUGCCCACUGGAGAAACAAUGCAAGUAAAAUGAAGCUUAAUAAUAGCGUCAGUUUCUUCCUAGGUUCUGAUGUGUUCUACUGUUUUAGUUCAUAUAUCAAUGUAUCGGCAAAUGAAUAAGAGAAGAGGUCAAAUGUUAUUCUGGAUAAUACUCACCGAGAGCAACAUGACUCAGAGAACAUGAUAAAUUGAUGAAUAACAAAACAUAAAUUGUUGUAUUUAGACAUAAGUUGACCUCAAAUAACAUUAGUCUCUGAUAAAUUGAUGAAUAACAACACAUAACUUGUUGUAUUGAAACUUUAAGAUAACUUUUGUCUCAAUUUGGAUU